AUGAAUCAACGGACAACUGCUGCAGUUCGAACACCAGCCGGAUGUACAACACCGCUUGAGAACAGUAGAUCAGUGUCCUGCAUCAUUCUAGCACCAUCACGACGUCCCUUGGCCGAUCUCGAGUAUGCUGACGACGUUGUUAUAUUCGCGGAAAGCAGUACGAAACUUCAUCAUGUUGUCAACCUUGUAUCGAAGCUGGCUGCAGCCUAUGGACUACGUCUACACCCUGAUAAAUGCAAACAGAUGUGGAUAUCUUCGAGACCUCCAACGGGAAUCAGGGUGAACAAACAACCGAUAGAACUCGUCGAUGAGUUCCGUGACCUGGGCUUCAGCUGUAUACUGAAAAACAACUACGAGAAGGCAGCUACGAGAAAGAUAUUCAGCAAAGAUGCGCUAAGACCAAUUCUGCAUUUAACUCCUUAA